AUGAGGAACCAAGAACUGCAAGCACAAACUAAGACAAAUGUCAACGGCUUCGUUGUUGAGUCGGGGCAGGUGAGUUUAGCAAACUGGAUUUUUAAGACAUACCCAGAAACUGCACUCAAUGUUCAAUCUCAGAACCCAAAGCACAGGACAUAUUAUAUGAACGUUCUCUUCGGUAUCAUCCGGAAGCUUUACCACAAGAGAUCGCUCUCUGAUGCUGAGUUAAGCACAAUUUCUUAUGGUUUGUCUUAUCUGACGCAAGCCGGUUUUAAGGUGGAAUGGUUGUGGUCAGAGCUAGAUACACAGAAGAAGAAACGUGAUGCUUGUGAAGCUCGGAUUGUGGAGCUCAAACAAGAAGUCAAGAAACUUGAGGGUGCGAUGUCUGGUCUCAAAGCUGAGUUAAGCAAAAUUUCUAAUGGUUUGUCUUAUCUGACGCAAGCCGGUUUGAAGGUGGAAUGGUUGUGGUCAAAGCUAGAUACGGCUUACUUAGAGAGGAAGAAACGUAACGCUUGUGAAGCUAGGAUUUUGGAACUCAAACAAGAGAUCGAGAAACUUGAGCGUACGAUGUCUGGUGUCAAAGCUAAGUUGAGAAACGAGAAGGCCAAGUUGAAUCCUAGUUCCUUUAGGAAUUUUUUGAGGAGUUUCUUCUGCCUAAGGACAUAA